AAACGAGUGAUGAAAAAUAUUGGAUAUUUUCUUCCAUAUUAUAAUUUUCUUCUGGCAAAUGAAGUUUAUACUCUACCAAUGCCAACCGGUUCUCCAUUUGACAAAAAUGAAGGUUCUCAUCUUUUUCUCCAUUUCUCUAAAAUCUAAAAUUAUUGUAUAUAUGAAAUAAGAUUCAAGAUUUUCUUGGUCGAGGAAAAAAGGAGGAAAAAAAAAAAGGAAGAGAGAGAAAGACAGAGAGUUGAUCUUCGAAGAAAACAGGUAGAUAGAGAGAGUUGUGUCAGAAGAAAAAUAUAAGAAGCUUUUAAUGCGAGGUGGUUGAUGAAUGAUGAUGGGUUCUCUUUUCUUUUUUCCUUUUCUAUUUUUUCCAUUUCGUUUCUCUUGAGGCCUAAGCAUACCCAAUAAUAAACCCACCACCUCUCUCCUUUUGUUAUAUAUAAGUCGUUGUUUAAAACCCAAUUUCUGCAUAUCAACGGCACCCUUUAACAUAAUCUUCUGUCUUGUAUAAUUGGAGGCCAAAAAGAUGGAGUUUUAUCAAUACCCAUCUCGAUUUUCUAUGUCUUCAUUGCCUUUCUUUGGAGAUUUCGUUGAAAAGGUUAAAGAAGUUUGCAAUUUCGCGGUUUCUGCAAUCAUUGGGAACGUUUUCUCUGCGAUCUUCACCUUCUUCUUUGCUUUAGUGGGCACCCUGUUAGGAGCCAUGACUGGAGCUUUGAUAGGCCAAGAAACUGAGAGUGGGUUUGUCCGAGGGGCUGCUGUUGGAGCCAUAUCAGGAGCUGUUUUCUCAAUUGAAGUCUUUGAAUCUUCUCUUCAUCUUUGGCAGUCGGAUGAAUCUGGUAUUGGGUGUCUUCUCUACUUGAUUGAUGUUAUUGCAAGCCUCCUUAGUGGGAGACUUGUUCGUGAACGAAUUGGUCCAGCCAUGUUAAGUGCUGUACAAAGCCAGAUGGGAGCUGUUGAGACAAGCUUUGAGGAGGUCCAGAACAUCUUUGACACUGGUGGUGCGAAGGGAUUGCCUGGAGCUUCUGUUGAAAAGAUCCCCAAGAUCAAAAUCACAAGCAAUAACAAUGUAGAUGCUUCAGGGGAGAGAGUCUGUUGUUCUGUCUGCCUUCAGGACUUUCAGCUUGGAGAGAUGGUCAGAAGCUUGCCUCAUUGUCAUCACAUGUUUCACCUACCUUGCAUAGAUAUGUGGCUCCUGAGGCAUGCAUCUUGCCCACUGUGUAGAAGGGAUCUGUGAUGUGGUGUUUCCUUUUUUUUUUUUUUUUUGUUUAACCAUGUAAAUUACAAGAUGGGAAAUGGUUAUUUUGUCAAUUAUUUAUCUUGGCAUCACCUUACAGGUUCGUUUCUGUUUUUGUUCAUUCAUAUGACCAGAUGAGUAGUUAUCCUGCUGCCUUGGUAGUUUGGAGUAUGCCACGAUAUUUCUAGUAGAUCAGUGAUAUAAAAGUUUUGAGAUAUGGUAGUUGUAAUUUCUCUUCUUGUCAUGAAUCCUUUUCCUUUUCAAUUUAACAACUAUGUUGGGCUUUGCCAA